UUUUCUCUUUCUCUUUCAGUCUCGCUCGAUUCGUGUGGCGUGAGGACGUUGCUGCGCGUCGAGAAUUUAAAUAUUUCACGGUUCCAACCUCUUUGUCCAGAGAAAUUGGACUCGUGGCGACUGAUACAAACAGUUUCACUUCGUAGUACCGAUUAAUUCAAUUCAUAAAAGCCAAACCCAGUGAAAUAAGCGUGUGUUCAUUAUCCCGUGAGUGCGUUCAGUGGUUCCCGCAGUCGAUCGAGCAUGAAUAAUAAAGAAGUAAACGUGAUAGUAUCGUGCGUUCGGCCGGUGUGCGGGUCCGGCGCCUGGUGAGGGAGGCUCGGCCGGGGCUGGGUGCGUGUGAUGCGUCCGCGGUGACGGCAGCGGGUGGAUGGCGGCCGUGGGAGGCCCCGCGCGGCACUCUCGCGUCUCCAUGAGUGUGUCCAUGUCUCUGAUGCAGGGUGGUGCGGGCGCUCCGCAGGGCGCCAUCCUGGCGGCGGCGGCGCCCUACUACCAGGCGCCGGCCAUUCCCCAGGACGUGCAGCCUGACCGCCCCAUCGGCUACGGAGCCUUCGGUGUCGUAUGGGCAGUGACGGACCCGCGCGACGGGCGCCGCGUGGCGCUCAAGAAGCUGCCCAACGUGUUCCAGUCGCUCGUCUCCUCCAAACGCGUCUUCCGCGAGCUCAAGAUGCUCUGCUUCUUCAAACACGAAAACGUAUUAUCAGCGUUGGACAUCCUGCAACCACCGAGCCUCGACUUCUUCCAGGAAAUUUAUGUGAUAACGGAGCUGCUGCAGAGUGACCUGCACAAGAUCAUCGUGUCGCCGCAGCACCUCUCCGCCGACCACAUCAAGGUCUUCCUCUACCAGAUCCUUAGAGGUCUGAAGUACCUACACUCGGCGCGCAUCCUGCACCGCGACAUCAAGCCGGGCAACCUGCUGGUGAACAGCAACUGCGUGCUGAAGAUAUGCGACUUCGGGCUGGCUCGGGUCGAGGAGCCGGACACCAACAAGAACAUGACGCAGGAGGUCGUCACGCAGUACUACAGAGCGCCGGAGAUCCUGAUGGGCGCGAGCCACUACACGGCGGCGGUGGACGUGUGGUCCGUGGGCUGCAUCUUCGGCGAGCUGCUCGGCCGCCGCAUCCUGUUCCAGGCGCAGAGCCCCGUGCAGCAGCUGGAACUAAUAACGGAGCUGCUCGGCACGCCGUCUCUCGAGGACAUGCGGCACGCGUGCGCCGGCGCGCGAGCUCACAUGCUGCGUCGCGCCCCGCGCCCGCCCGCGCUCGCCGCGCUGUACACGCUGUCCGUGCACGCCACGCACGAGGCCGUGCACUUGCUGGCACAGAUGCUAGUAUUCGACCCAGCGAAGCGCAUCUCAGUCGUCGACGCUCUCGCUCACCCGUACCUAGAAGAGGGUCGCCUCCGCUACCACUCUUGCAUGUGUGCGUGUUGCUACAGCGCGCCGCCGGCCGCGCGGCACUACUCGCCGGACCUGGAGCCCGCCGCGCCGCGCGCCUUCCACGACGCCUGGGAGCGGAAGCUGUCCACCGUGCAUCAGGUUAAAGAGGACAUCCACAAGUUCAUAGCGGAGCAGCUGCAAACAUCUCGAGUGCCGCUCUGCAUCAACCCUCAGUCGGCCGCGUUCAAGAGUUUCGCAAGCUCCACCGUGGCGCACCCCUCCGAGCUGCCGCCGUCGCCGCACCAGUGGGAAUGACGCGAGACCAAGCGCGACAAAAGACGCGCCAGCUAGUUUACCACCUAGCCCACUUACAUUUAAGGCUGAUUUUUAGUUCCAAAAACACUUGUGCUGCCAAAUUUAAUACCUAGAUGGCGCUGUAUGCAACUCUAAAUUCCACUAGAUGGAGCUGUAAACGGUGGCACAAGUCUUACGUCACAUUUGAGUUCCCAACUUGAAGAUUCAGUUGUUUUGUUUCAAUAACGAUCGGUUUGUGAUAUAUUCUCGCUUCGCUUGGCGCGUUUACUCGAUUAGGAAAUUUAAAACCGCACCAUACCUCAUUGCGAUAAUAAGAUUAGAUUAAAAUUCUCGAUUGAAGCAAGGCAGCGGGUCUGUGGCGUUACUAUUACCAAAUAUGUUCCGACGAUCUCGGAUGGAGUCGAAAGCUUGGUCUAUUGUGCAAGUGUUGUGCCUACGUCGAAAAUACUCCCCAAUAGUGCACAGGAGGAAUUAGUUUGUAUCUUUAGAUUCUUAUACUUAGUAGAUGUAAAGUAUCCCUCAGUAUUAAUUGAUUCUCUGUCUGUGCAUGUGAAUGGGUGACGUGUGGUCCAACACUUGCGCAAUAGACCAGCUCAGUACUUUAGUUAGUCGUAGUUGUGGCCAGGUUACAGUAUAGUUUAGUUCGUCGGUUCGGAAGUGUUAAUAUAGCGGUUAAAAGCGAACGGUGUACCUUAUUCAUGUAGGAAACGGAAGGGAAAUAUUCCAGGUUUGACAAUCAUACAACGAAAAGUGACAGUCAUCGUUGUACUGUGUACAGUGACUUGUUACAUAGAUAGAUGGUGAAAGAAAGAGAUGGAUAUAGAAAUGAUUCGACAAAAGCAGGAGUGCAAGUGAAUAAGGACAUUUGACAAGUCGAAAAGGAGUAUUUGAUGGGGAAUUACGUAAUCUUUGUGUAUUACUAUUUGUUUUACUUUUGACGUAGCUUGUAUGUAACAAUUAUUAUACACGUGUCUAUGUGAUGUUAAGAGUAGUUUAGUUUAUGGUGUGCCUGAUUGUGUUUCGUACAUUGUUAGCAAUAAUUGUUGCAAUAUAAUUAAUUAAUAUUCACAAGAUUUAUGUGUAAUUUGAUACUUUCAUUUUAUAAGACGGACUUAGACGUUUAGUUUCUGUGUUCUCUAUGUAAUAAUCUAUGCGCGGGUCACCGCAGGUGUCGUUUGUGUACUUAAUAGCGUAUUUUUUAUAAAGAAAAAAACGUAAUGGCUUUUCUCGGACAAAAUUUAAUAACUUCGUCAACUUAAUUGGUGUUCUAAAUUAGUAGUAAUGUUUUUGCAUAUAACCAGGCAAAGUUAGGGAUUCUGAGAUUGGUAAUAGAGAAUUCCUGAAGCCAUCAAAGAAUCUCCAGACACUGGAAACGACACUUGAACUGACCCGCGUUCUUCUCUAACGUAUAAUAUUAAGAUAACUCCUAAACACCAUUGUACAUGUAACAUCGACUGAACAUUUUUAUCUAGUUAGGUUAGUUAGGCAUUAGAAAACAACAUAGAAAUGUAAAAAAAAACGACCCACAGUAAACUUCAUACGCUGAAAAAAUAUAUACUUAAGAUGAUAAAACGAGUAAUGUUCACAUACUAUCAAUGCAGUAGUGAGAUAUUAUUAUAGUGAAUGUUGUAAAAUGUAAUUAAAAUAUUUCAAGCAUUUAUAUAGUCGUAUCGCGAGAGGAUCCAACUGGAGUGAGAAAGUGUGCGUGAAUGAAAAUUAGUGUUGUGCCGUUAGGACCAAGCAUCGACAUACCCCAUUAGACGACUGUUCUCACAAGACAUUACAAUGAUUUAGUUAUUGCAAUCAAGAUAUUAUCUAACUGCUAAUAGGACGGAGCCAUAUGCCAUCAUUUUGGUCAGGUUAACCAGCGUUCAAUUAUUAAUGUAUUACCACAAAAAUUAAACCUUGUUGAAUGCGUCUUUAGUACUAAAUUUUACAGAUUUAUAAGGCGUUUGACAGCCAACUGACAGCGUUGAGCAUGUGUCUAAGUUUUGAUGGCAAUAAACCCUAUAAUGUAUAAAGGCGUCUAAUGGGCUAUGGUGUUGAUAUUUUGAAUCGUUCGUGUAGACAUUAUAUUCAGAUACUAACUCGUCUACGUCACUAGCACUCAUAGCAUAGGAGAACUCUGUGUGCGUUCAACAAACGUCGUAGCCUUAAAACUAGUUCAAAACUAUAUGAAAAUAUAAAAAAUAAACUUGUAAAUAAAUAUAUAGUAUUAAUGUUAUAGGCCUUAGUCGAUUCGAUACGUGAGCCGUGGUCGAGCCCACAGAUUGUAGUAAAGUUCAAGUCACAAGCUGCAAUUUUAUGUUGACAAAUAACACACUAGUACGAUUGAAGUUCUUUCUUGUAAAUUAAAAACCUAGUUAGUUAGGUACUCAGUUUCCUCUAUAAGAUUAGGUAUUAAAAGUACCUAUUUGAUAUCAUGUUUUUGCAUGUAAGAAGAUUGAUAAAAAUUCUUUUAAUUUGACAUAAUUUAGUUUUCGUAAUACGGUAAAUUUGCAGCUCGUGGCCCCGCGAUGGUACAAAGCGCCGGACCGCUAGCAGAUACGAAGUGGGCAGCGGUCUCGGCCACACCCACCUUGCCUUAACUCAGAUAUAGCGACUGUGAUCCAGUAGGGUUAGUGACCCUCCCCCCAAACACACCCUGCCCAGGCUCCCAAUGUAAAUAGACACUAUCCGUAAGAUUUUCUAAUGACAUGCUUAAAAAUUUCGUAAUUUACUCCAUCCCGAAAAUUGGGACUAGAUGUUUGUAAAUACUAAAUGAAUGUAGCGACGCGCUCGGCGUAGACACGGGGACCCUCGUACAUGUGGAUGGAACACGCUUCUGUACAUUAAAGUAUUUCCAGACUUUCAGAGAUCUCGUAUUAUUUAAGUUUUAAGUACACGACUGUUCAUUUAAUACACAAGUGAUGUUUUAGUUUAGUGUCACAUGUGUGCGUGUCGCUCCAUCUUGAUGGCCAGUCAACCGCCGCACCGCCCUUAUUUUAUAAUACUUUGCUCACUCUUACGUUCUCAGACGAGUGUUGAGAUCUUAUCUUAAUUUCAUGUAAAUAGUAUUUUUAAUUUUAAUUCUUAGUUUAGACAAAACUUGUAACGAAUUAGACUUUUGCUUGUGUUCUGUAUCAUCCCACGUUUAACUUAGUAUCUCAAUUUAACAAAAAUGUAAAAAAAAGAAUAAGUAUGAGUGAAUUUCUUUUAUUUCUUUGAUGACUCCAAUUUUACCAGUCUUAUUGUAAAUAUUAGAUAUUUUUGUGCACUGAUAGUCGUUUUAAGUUUACUUUAGUGUUAGGUAUUGAUAUCAAAUGGCUGUAUCAAUCAUAAUAUUUUAACGCCCAAGACACAAUAUAACAGUUAAGAUUUUCGUUUUCACAUUUCGACAUUGAAUUGACAUGAGUCAAUAUUUCCUACGAUUAGUUUUAAUUUCUAAUUUGUGAUUUAGUUUCGAUACAAUGAAUGUAUGAUUAAAAAUGAAUGUAAAUAAUAUGGAAUAGUUGUCUGAUGUUUGUGCGGAGUUAGUUGCGUUGUACCUUUAUUUGUGAACUGCCAAAAGUGUAAUUUUGUAGGCGUAUGUAGGUAGGUGCGGGCGCGGGGAGACCCGGGCCCGCGUGUCACGAUGUAACAAUUAAACUACUGCAUAAUUCA